UUAAUACCUACCUAGGUGAUGGGUUGACAGGAGCAGCAAAUCACCAUGGCGCAGGUUUACCUAUGUAACAAACCUGCACAUCUGAAGAAACAGGAGUGUGGCGUGACCAUGGGGAAGCAAAAGAAAACAAGGAAGUAUGCAACCAUGAAGCGCAUGCUUAAACUCAGAGAUCACAGGCUUAAAGAAAAGGAUAGAUUAAAACCUACGAAGAAAGAAGAAAAGGAUCCCAGCGCAUUAAAGGAAAGAGAAGUUCCCCAACACCCUUCCUGCUUAUUUUUCCAAUGUAAUGCACAGCUGGGCCCACCUUACUACAUCCUUGUUGAUACCAACUUUAUCAACUUCUCCUUAAAAGAGAAACUGGAUUUAGUGCAGUCAACGAUGGACUGUCUGUAUGCCAGGUGUAUCCCUUGUAUAACUGAUUGUGUAAUGGCUGAAAUUGAGAAAUUGGGGCAGAAGUAUCGAGUGGCUCUAAGGAUAGCCAAGGAUCCAAGGUUUUGUACACACAAAGGAACCCAUGCAGAUGACUGCUUAGUACAGAGAGUAGCUCAGCAUAAAUGUUACAUUGUAGCCACAGUUGACCCUUAA